AUGUGGAGCUGGCUACACCUACUGCCGUUUACCCAUCAGGCACCAGGUCUCAUGAUCUCCUCCACACCUCCCCCUCCAGACCUCCUCCACACCUCUCACCACCACACCUCCUCCCCCUUCACACCUCCUCCACACCUCUCACCACCACACCUCCUCCCCCUCCACACCUCCUCCACACCUCCCACUCCAGACCUCCUCCACACCUCUCACCACCACACCUCCUCCCCCUUCACACCUCCUCCACACCUCUCACCACCACACCUCCUCCCCCUCCACACCACCUCCACACCUCUCACCACCACACCUCCUCCCCCUCCAGACCUCCUCCACACCUCUCACCACCACACCUCCUCCCCCUCCACACCUCCUCCACACCUCCCCCUCCAGACCUCCUCCACACCUCUCACCACCACACUUCCUCUACCUCCAGACCUCCUUCCCCUCCACACCUCCCCCUCCAGACCUCCUCCACACCUCUCACCACCACACCUCCUCCCCCUCCACACCUCCCCCUCCAGACCUCCUCCACACCUCUCACCACCACACUUCCUCUACCUCCAGACCUCCUCCAAACUUAUCACCACCACACCUCCUCUACCUCCAGACCUCCUCCAAACUUAUCACCACCACACCUCCUCCCCCUCCAGACCUCCUCCACACCUCUCACUACCACACUUCCUCUACCUCCAGACCUCUUCCAAACUUAUCACCACCACACCUCCUCCACCUCCGGACCUCCUUCACACCUCUCACCACUACACCUCCUUUUCAGAUAUUAGGAAGUGA